GAACCGCAGUCAUGUUUUCAUGUUGUUGAUCAGCUUUAUAGCUACGAAUGUAGAAUUUAGUCAAUGGCUAUGUCAGUUAAUGCCACUCCUUCCCCAGAGAAAGUAGCCAGUGGUGCCCUAUCAAUGGAGUCACUGCUCUCAACUGAUGAUGACACUGACACAGCCUCCAAGAUCAGUGCUGAUGUAGACACUGAUAUGACCCUCAACUUUACUCGUAGGAUGUCAUCCAAUCUCUGGAAGAAACUGUCGUCUUGUGAAGAGUUUGUCGGUGCCAAACGCAGCAAGCACACGAUUGUAGCAUGGAACAACAGGAUCUAUGUGUUUGGGGGGGACAACGGGAGGAGAAUGCUGAAUGACUUCCUAGUGUCUCAUAUCCGGGACUCUUCGUGGGCUCGUGUGGUGUACACAGGUACCCCCCCUGCUCCACGCUAUCAUCACUCUGCUGUUGUCUUCCAGGACAGCAUGUUUGUGUUUGGAGGCUACACUGGAGACAUCUACUCCAACUCUAACCUGCGUAACAAGAACGACCUCUUUGAGUACAAGUUCACCACAAGUCAAUGGAUUGAUUGGAGUGACAGGAUCAGUGGAGACUUGCCUCCAGCACGCUCAGCUCAUGGUGCUGUUAUCUAUGACCACCAUCUCUGGAUCUAUGCCGGCUAUGAUGGCCACACACGACUUAACGACAUGUGGCGUAUUGACCUGAUCUCCCCCAGCCCAAAGUGGGAGGAGAUCACUCAGACUGGAGACAGUCCCCCCACUUGCUGUAACUUUCCUGUGGCCGUCAUCGAUAAUGAUAUGUUUGUAUUCUCUGGACAGAGUGGAGCCAAGAUCACCAACAACCUCUACCAGUUCAACUUCAACAAUCGUGUGUGGGUUCGUAUUCGUACAGAGCACUUGUUGCGUGGUUCCCCCUCCCCCCCUCAGAGGAGAUAUGGUCACACAAUGGUGGCUUAUAGGAGAUGUCUCUAUGUGUACGGUGGUGGGGCUGCAGAUGGAAUACUGGACAAUGACGUUCACUGUUUUGAUGUUGAUUCUCGGGCAUGGAGUGUAAUGGCUCCCGUGGAGAGCAGCGACGUUCCUUGUAGGAGAGUGUUUCAUUCUGCUGCAGUCUGGAAUAAUGGCAUGUAUGUGUUCGGUGGUACUGUGGAGUCAGCCACUAACAGAAGUGGUGAUUUGUAUCGAUUUAGUCUCUCUACUUUCCCAAAGUGUACACUUGUCAAUGAUUUCGGUCGCCUGCUUAAGGAAGAACAGUUUUGUGAUACUCAUGUGUCAGUGGGUGGUUGUUUUGUGAAGGCACAUGCUGUCGUAUUAGCUGCACGAUCUCCUUACCUUUGCCGCAAGCUCUUGGCUGUGUACCAAGCUACAAGCAACCCUGAGAGCAGCCCGUGUUUCUUACUCAAUCAUCCUCUGUCAUUGGAGCUGCCUGAAGUGUCUGGAGAAGCGUUCAAAUUGGCUGUCUACUCUCUCUACACUGACAGAAUUCACCCGCAUCUUGAGACCUGCUCAGCUAGAGGAGUGAGCUCAGCACAAAUGCUCCUUAUGGUUGAUGUGUACAAGGUGGCCCUACUACUAGAAGCUGAACUGCUGGUCCAACUCAGUAUGCAAUACAUCAAAGCUUCUAUUAAUGAGCAGAAUGUUCUACUAGUACUCAAGAAUGCAACUGAACUUGGCCUCAACAGUCUCAAGGAUUAUUGUCUCCAGUUUAUUGUGCGAGAGUCUAACUACAAGGCAGUCAUCAUGAGCUCCACCUUUGAAUCACUCGAUAGGUCCCUAAUGCUACAGAUCAUUCGACGGCAGCAAUCUCACUCACGCCCCACCUCUCCUGACCCCCCAGGGAGCGGAGCCACACCCCCUUCCCUACAACAUGACCUCCAGCAGCUAUUAGCCUCGGACACUGGCAAGUCUUUCACUGACAUCUUGUUGAAGGUGGGGCAAGAUAUAGUGCCCUCACACAAAGCUGUGUUGGCUGCACGGUCUUCAUACUUUGAGGCUUUGUUCCGAUCGUUUAAUCCCGAGGAUCAUUGUGUGGAGAUCACAUUUGGUAAACACGUACCCUCUCUUCAAGCGUUCAUGUCUCUAUUGCGCUACAUCUAUCACGGACAAGUCGAGAUGCCACCACAAGAUUCAUUGCACAUAUUCUCUGCUCCUAAUUUCUUUGGCUUCUAUAACAGUCAGCUCCACUGUCAUUGCAAGGCAAGUCUGGAGCGCAACGUCUGCAAGGAGAAUGUAUUGCGAAUGUUAGAGGCCUCUGACAGUAUCGAGGUGCUUGUUAUGAAGAGACACUGUCUGGACAUGAUUGCUAAUAACUUUCCAGAUGUUGUACGAGAUCCUUACCUAAGAGAGCUACCAAGAGAAUUGCUAUUGGACAUUUUGGACAUUUUAGCCAGUGAUAUGUAAUCAGUGUUAUGAUCUUGGUGUAGCAAAGAAUGUCAUGUCAUGUGGUUUCAAUCCAACCAAUCAAUUAUUAUUAUUAUUGCAAGAA